AUGCCGCGGAGUGGUACCUGGACACGAGCGCUCGUUGCAUUGCUCGUCGUGCCUGCUCAGGCGACUCUCGGUGGGACUGUCGACUCCUUUGACGUGCGUGAGGCGACAAUCGACGGCGUCCACAAUGCCCUGUUCACUGGGCUGACAACGUGCCGGACUGUGGUGUCAUCGUUUAUCACAAGGAUUGAGACUUUCAACCCCACCAUAAACGCUGUCAUCAGCCUCAACCCUGAAGCUCUUGAAAUUGCAGAUGGUUUGGACCAGGCAUUGGCGUCGGGAAAUGUCACCGGAAAGUUGUUCUGCAUCCCAAUCCUCCUCAAGGACAACUACGAUGCGGUUGGCAUGAGCACGACCGGGGCAAACUUGGACCUGGCUGGUAAUCGACCGACUAGGGACGCCCCAACCGUGAAGGCUUUCAAGGACGAGGGCGCAAUCAUCCUGGGCAAAGUGAACCUGCAUGAGCUCGCCCUGGAAGGAUUGUCAGUUUCGUCUCUGGGUGGGCAGACGAUCAACCCGUAUGAUCACUCACGGACCCCUGGGGGCAGCAGUGGUGGCACUGGAGCCGCGAUAGCCACAAGCUUCGCGGUAUUUGGCACUGGCACAGACACAGUCAAUUCGCUUCGAAGUCCGGCCAGCGCAAAUAGUCUAGUCAGUGUCCGGCCAACCCGCGGGCUUAUCACAAGAGCUGGUGUUAUACCCAUUAGUUACACGCAAGACGCCGUAGGCCCCAUCGCGCGCAAUGUGAAGGACCUGGCUGUCGCCCUCACAGUGAUGGGCAGUAUCGGGUUCGACAGUGCUGAUAACGUGACUGCGUUGGCACCCCCUGACGUUAUUGGACGAGAUUAUUCGUCAGGUCUCUACGGCGGCAGCCUCAGGGGCUUGCGUCUCGGAGUCUUGGACGGGUUUUACAACCAUACAGGGUCUGCUGAGACAACGCCUGUAAAUGAGGCGAUGGUGGAAAUGAUCGACUUCUUGACAGCUCAAGGCGCAGACAUUGUCAACGUUACCGAGCCGAUCUACAAUGCUACGGCGAUCUUGGCCAAGCUUGAUGUCCAGACAUCCGAGUACCGCCAGCAACUAGACAGCUACCUCGCCGGUGCGGGACGAGAUGGAACCAGGCCAGCGUCCUUCAACGAGCUGUAUACAAGUGGGAAGUUCCUCGUGAUUCCGAGCCAGUACAACUACGUCAACACGGCGUUCACCUCCUCGACAAGCAACGCAUCAUAUGCCACGGCUCAGCUCGGCAUCCAGAACCUGACAACGGCACUCCGCGCUACAUUCUCAGAUAACCAGCUAGACGCAGUGAUAUACCCUGAGCAGAAGAAUUUGGUUGUCAAGAUCGGCUCCCCGUCCCAGAGCGGCCGGAAUGGAAUUCUGGCGGCAUUGACAGGGACCCCAGUCGUGACAGUGCCCGUCGGGUUCUCUCCUCCAACGGAUGAGGCGCCGGUUGGCGUCCCUAUCGGCAUGGAGAUACUCGGCCUCCCGUUCACGGAAAGCAAGCUGCUGAAUAUUGCUGCCCAUAUUACGCAGCAGUAUCCCGUCCGCAAGAUGCCGCCCUUUGCCAACCACUCGGUUGAGGUGAACGAAUAUAGCGGGGUGCCUGUCAUUACACCAAAUACAGGCAAUAUUCCUGCGCAGUAUCCCAUCGGGGUCCUGUCAUAG